UAACUACUUAUCAUCUAACCUUUCGGAGAUGAGUGGUGGAGGAGAAUAGUGCUGUGUAACGGAACGAACUGGCGAAUCACUGGAGGCACUCGAGAUGGCAUCUAAAAAUAUACGCGGGGCUUUGGGUUCGUUCAACGGGCAACUAGCAUUAUCGCAUCGCUGUAUCUCCGCCCCGCCAUUCAUCAGGUAUCUCCGGCUUCCAAGCAGCAACGACAUUCAAAGUAAAAGUGACCGUCGUAGAGGCACGACACACGCAGCGCUCGUUCGUCUAUCAAAAAUAUCAGUUUUCUGACGCAUCCCACGGACCAAGCCCUUGCCGAAUUCAAAAUCACUCCGUAAGGAUAAUGCUUAUUGUGCAGUCCUAAAGCCUAAUUUGCGUACUGCGUUUCACAUCAAAAUAUCAUCACAAUGGGAUUCGCCGAAUGUAUUGAUAUAUUCUUGAAGAUGCUCUUUGCUGCAUUCGACGUCUUCUUUAGAAACAUGUUCCGGCUCAUCUAUGGCAAGACAGGCAAGAAGAUGCCGGCCAUCAAGGAUCUGGUCCUGCUCGAGUCUGCUACAUCCUUAGCUUACAAAAUCAGGAACGGCAAGUUGUCCAGUUUGGACGUGACAAAUUCGUUCAUCGAGAGAAUCCACGAGACAAACAAGCUUUUGAACUGCGUCGUCGACAAUCGUUUCGAGGAUGCGAGGAAGGAAGCGCAAGCUGCAGAUGACCUCAUUAAAAGUGGAAGUGUUUCAAGUGAAUCGUUGGCUAAAGAGAAGCCCUUCCUUGGAGUGCCUUUCACGACGAAGGAUUGUAUCGCUGUUAAAGAUAUGUUACACACAUCUGGAUUGUACAAGAGGAAAGAUGUUAAGGCUUCCGAAGACGCCGCAACUAUUAAAUUGCUUCGCGCUGCAGGAGCGAUUCCCAUCGCCCUGACCAACGUAUCGGAACUAUGCAUGUGGUGGGAAAGUAAUAACCCCGUUCACGGUAGAACGAACAAUCCGUACGAUUCCAAUAGGAUAGUGGGUGGAUCUUCGGGCGGUGAGGGUUGCAUUCAGGCAGCAGCCGGUUCUGCAUUUGGAAUUGGAUCGGAUAUCGGCGGUUCUAUCAGGAUGCCGUGUUUCUUCAACGGAGUUUUCGGGCACAAACCCUCGAAAUUCGUGGUCAGCAACGAAGGACAAUUCCCGGCCGCCGUCAACAGAGAGCAAGACAGUUUCCUUGGUAUUGGACCGAUGGUGAGGAGGGCCGAAGAUUUAACUCCACUCCUCAAGGUCAUCGCCGGUAAAAAUGCGGAAUCAUUGAAAUUGGACGAACCGGUUGACUUGAAAAAGAUUAAAUUCUUUUAUCAAGACUGCGACACCGGCUCCAGUUUCGUUUCCUCUGUCGAUCCCGAGAUCAAGGAAUGCUUCAGCAAGAUCGCCGUGCAUCUGGAAAAGGCGCACAAGAUCAAAGCGCAGAAGAUGGAACUGGAGAAAUUCGCGCAGAGCAAAGACAUGUGGCUGUACAAUAUGAAAGCAGGUCCUCCGGGCUUCGAUAUGCAGCUAGGAAAUUUGGAAAAACCUAUUAAUUUGAAUAGUGAAUUAUUAAAAUGGUUUGCGGGAUGUAGCAAUCAUACUUUCGUUGCCCUGGCGACGGCAUUAUUGGAGAAUACUGGACCGGGCAAUGGAAGUGAAACAUAUAGAAAGUACGUUCUGAUGAGGGAUCAUUUCAGGAUGGAAAUGAAAGAUAUGCUCGGCGAUGAUGGCGUAUUCAUUUAUCCCACGCAUCCCACUCCAGCUCCUUACCACAACGAACCGCUCUUCAAACCGUUCAACUUCAGCUACACCGGCAUCUUCAACGUGUUAACACUUCCAGCCACCCAUAUUCCUAUGGGACUGAGCAAGAGCGGAUUGCCCAUUGGUGUUCAGGUCGUUGCUAAUGAUAAGAACGACAGACUGUGUUUGGCUGUAGCCAGAGAAUUGGAGAAGGCCUUCGGCGGAUGGGUACCUCCACAAAUCGACGCCUAAAUAAGUUAAAAUCACACUUCUGUCUCAGGAUUUCAUUUGUUUUUAAAUUUUAUUACAGUAAAAUUUUAUUUUUUACAAGAGAUUUAACUUGUUGUGUAUAUUUAGAGGACCAAUAUAAAAAUACAAUAUUUUUUUAGUAAGAAAUGUAUUUCAGAGUAUUAUUCUAUA